CUUGUGUAAGUCAGCUGGCGGAUUUACACUGUUAUCUGUGCUAUGCUGGCGUUACUCUAAACUUCAGACAUUAGGCAGAACAGUGGCUGGUUAUCCGUCAUUCGUGCUACAAUAGGGUCGCUUUGGAGGCAAGAUGGUGAUACUACGCAGCAGCGGCGGUGUCGGAGCUGAGCCGGUGGCAACAAUUCCGAAGAGGAGGUCUAUGGAGUUGGAUACAAGCUCCGAGUUUCUGUCGCUGCUUCCCGCGUCGCAAAGAAAGUCCGCCCGGUUGACCCGGUCGUCCCGGGCCCUGGAUGACAGCUUCAGCAGUACGGAAAACAACACGGCGAAUGGACAUGCUGACAUGAAGCAGGACAAGGGAAGUGGUCUCCAUAAUUCUCUAAGGACCCGAGGACAGAGAGUUAAACUAGAGGUCUCUUUUUCUGACAUGGAACCAAAGACCAGCUCCCCUGUGAAUGAAGACAAGGCUGGAGGAUGCUGCACCAGGAAAUCUUCCAGGCUCCAGAGAGAGGGAAAAGCAUCCAGUGGCAAGCAGCAAGCAGAUGUUCCAGAUGAAGUCGAGGGGUCGUCCACUCCCAAGAGGAGCCGGUUUGAUCUACAGAGCCGAGAAGUGGAUGAAGAAGAUGAGGAAGAGGAGGAUCGCUCAGUGCGACGUAGUUCUAGAAUCACCAGAUACAAACUGAAUUCCCGGAACCAGUCGGUGCUUUACGACCGGCUCAUCACCAACACUGCUGAAGCUGUUCUCCAGAAGAUGGAUGACAUGCAGAAGAUGAGACGCAGACUGAGAGAUAGAGACACUAAAGAAGAGCUUGGCAUGUACACCAGGGGCAGAAUGAGACGUUCUCUGAGGACGAAUGUGGACAGUAAAGACACUGAGGAGGAAAACCAAGGAGGCAAUGAGGAUGAUCAUGAUGAAGAGGAGGAGGAGGAUGAUGGAGAAGAUGAGGAGGAGGAGGAGGAAGAUGAUGAUGAUGAUGAAGAUGGCGAAGAUGAGGAAGAAGAAAAUCAGAGGCGUUAUGACUUCAGACAGCGAAAGACUGUGGUGCGCUAUCAGGCCGCACAGGAUGAACCCAGAGAACCCAGAAAACGUAGCAUAUACUUCAAGGGCCACUCGUCUCCUACCAGGCGCAGGUUUAGGUUCAGCUCCACGGCCCCCAGGAGCCCCUACAACAGGAGAACCAGCAGGAGUAGUUCUGAGAGAAGGAGACAUGCCAUCCACAGUAGUGAUUCCACUUCCUCAUCUUCAGACGAUGAGCAAUUCCAGAGAAGGAGAAGUAAGAACAGGAGCAGGUCAGUCAACAGAUGUCUGCCUAUGAACUUGGUGAAAGAAGACCUGCUGGGGAUCCACAAAGACAGGAUGAAGAUCGGAACCAGCCUUGCUGAUGUGGACCCCAUGCACAUAGACAGAACGGUCCGGUUUGAAAGCAUUGGAGGUUUGAGCAGACACAUCUCAGCGCUGAAGGAGAUGGUAGUCUUCCCUCUCCUCUACCCAGAAGUCUUUGAGAGGUUCAAAAUACAGCCUCCUAGAGGCUGUCUGUUUUACGGCCCUCCUGGCACAGGGAAAACCCUUGUAGCCAGAGCGCUGGCCAAUGAGUGCAGUCAGGGGGAAAGAAAGGUGUCUUUCUUCAUGAGGAAAGGAGCUGACUGCCUCAGUAAGUGGGUGGGAGAAUCUGAAAGACAGCUACGACUGCUUUUUGAUCAGGCAUACCAGAUGCGUCCGUCCAUCAUCUUCUUCGAUGAGAUUGAUGGUUUGGCUCCAGUCAGGUCCAGCCGUCAGGACCAGAUUCACAGUUCCAUUGUGUCGACCCUUUUGGCUCUUAUGGAUGGAUUAGAUGCCAGAGGAGAAGUCGUUGUGAUAGGAGCUACAAACAGACUGGACUCCAUCGACCCAGCUCUGAGAAGACCAGGACGCUUUGACAGAGAGUUCCUCUUCGGCCUGCCAGACAGAGAGGCGAGAAAGGACAUUCUGAAGAUCCACACCAGACAGUGGACUCCACCACCUUCUGACACUUUCCUGGAAGAACUGGCAGAGAAAUGUGUUGGUUAUUGUGGAGCUGACAUCAAGGCAGUGUGUUCCGAGGCUGCCCUGUGUGCACUGCGGCGUCGCUACCCACAAAUCUACUCCUCAUCACAGAAACUUGUGCUUGAUGUCAACUCCAUAGCUAUCACAAACAGAGACUUUAUGUCCGCCAUGUCCAAGAUGGUCCCUGCAUCCCAGAGGGCAGUUGUGUCACCAGCCAAGGCUCUGAUACCUGCCAUUCGUCCUCUGCUGAGCGCCGCCCUGCAGGACAUCCUCCGCACAGUCAGCAGAGUGUUCCCACAUGCUGAACAGGGCCUAAAAAGGAAGAGAGAACAAGAUGUGGCCUGUGUUGUGUCUGAGGACGAUCUGAUGUUCAGUGAGGAUGAAGACUCUGAAAUCCUCUUCGGUGGACAAACCUCUCACUCCCAGUUCAAAUCACCUUCUGCUAAGGGACUCCUCAGCCUCAACAGGAGUGUGCUGAGCCAUCCAACCUCCUACCGUCCCAGGCUGCUGUUGGAGGGCAGACCGGGCUCAGGUCAGAGCUCCCACCUGGCUCCAGCAGUUCUACAGGCUCUGGAGAAAUUCACAGUUUACACACUAGACAUGGCCGUGCUGUUUGGAGCUAGCGCAACUACCCCAGAAGAGACUUGUGCUCAGAUCUUUGUUGAGGCGAAGCGGACAUCUCCUAGUAUCCUGUACAUACCUCACAUCGGACAGUGGUGGGAAACUGUGGGUCCGGCCUUAAGAGCCACCUUCCUCAGCCUACUCAGCUCCAUCCCUGCCUUCGCUCCUAUAUUGCUUCUGGCUACAUGCAGCCUGCAAUAUGACCAACUCAGUCUGGAGGUGCAAGAAUUGUUUCGAGUGGAGUACGGAGAGGUUUUCCAGGUCCAGGUCCCCACCAGCAGAGAGAGAAGAAACUUCUUUGAGGAUCUGAUCCUCAAUCAGGCUGCCAAGGCCCCUGCCUCAAAAAAGAAAGCUGUGCUCCAUGCACUGGAGGUGCUUCCUGUUGCCCCCCCACCUCCCCGACCUCAGCUGACACAAGAGGAGACCCAACGAUUGGAGGAGCAGGAAGAAGAUACCCUCAGAGAACUCCGUCUUUUCCUGCGCGAUGUCACCAACCGCCUGUCCCAGGAGAAACGCUUCAAGGCUUUUACAAAGCCUGUGGAUUUAGAAGAGGUGCCAGAUUACGCUGAGGUGAUCAAGAAGCCUAUGGACCUGUCAACAGUUCUCUCAAAGGUUGACCUCCAUCAGUACAGGACAGUCAAAGAGUUCCUUGAAGAUGUAGAUCUCAUCUGGCAGAAUGCCCUUGAAUACAACCCAGACAGGGACCCCUCAGACCGUCAGAUCCGUCACAGAGCAUGUGCAUUAAAAGACACUGUCCAUGCCAUCAUCAGAGAUGAACUGGAUGAAGAUUUUGAGAAGAUGUGUGAGGAGAUCAAAGCAUCACGCAGCACAAGAGAUUGCUCCACUGUCCGGUUUGCUCCCUCCUUUUACCACGUCCUUCCCAAACAGUCCAAACCUCCGGGUGACGCCAGGAUCCCUAACAUGUCCCCAGAAAGAGAGCAGACUGGAUCCACACUGGCAGUUACUCCCAAUACAAGUGCUUCUGCUGCUACAAUGCUUAAAAACACAGCCCAGAAGAAGAAAAGGCGGAAGAGUCGCUGGUCUGCUGGCUUCUAUGCAAAGAAGAAGUCUUCCUCCUCUCCUCACACAUCCAGAGAUGACGCACACUUGGGGUCAGAUGAGGAAGAGGAUGAUGGGGAUGAUGAGGAGGAGGUAGAGAAGGGAGGAGGAACAGAGUGUGAUGAGGGGACUGGAGGAGAGGAGGAGCAGAUGGUGGUUGAUGUUGAGUUGGGGCCUGCACCAGCUCAGGAAGGCGGUUUUAAGCCCACUGAGAAGGAGCAGGGUAGUCAGGAGGGAAGGGAGAAGAGGAGUCACUCUGCUGAAGACAAGGUUAUACUGUGUGAAACAGGGAAAACAGAAAAUGAUGAUGAGACACAGAAUGACAAAGAAAAGGUGGAUAAAGCUGUCACAGAUCAGCCAGGACAGUCAGAGGAAAACAGCAAAGUCUUGACAAAGGCAGGAAAUGAGAACAGUCAAGCCAUUUCAGUGAAACCUAACCAGGACAGCCACACUGAGACAGAGACAGAUACGCAGGGACAGUCCAACACAGAGGAGAGUGGUGAAACUAAAAGCCAGAAGCUGACAGAAACUGAGACUGUAACUGAUGUAGAUGACGGGAACAGCAAGGUAGUUACUGUAGAGGAGGCAAAGCAGAACAGCCCCACUGAACCAAUGGAGAUGGAAGCAACGCAAACCUCAACCACCGACGCCUCUGAAGCUGUGAGAGGAGAGGAGGACUCAGGCACAGACCGGAGCGUGAGGCGCAUAACUCGGGCUCUAAAGAAUGCUGUGCUGCAGCAACAGAUGAUCAAUGUGGACAAGGCUAUGCAGAUCCUUGAACAGGAAACUCUUCCUUUGGUAGUGGACAGAGACAAAUUAAAGGAGCUGUUGGAGAGAGUAGUGACCAUGACUGAAGGCUACGAGGUCUACAAGCUAGAGAAACUCUAUGCUCUGCUCUGCCAGAGCAUCUAUAGACACAGACGAGACUACAACAAAACUGCACUAAUACAGGAGUUGGAACAAGAGAUCAAAGACUUCUGUUGACUUUUCUACAGGAACAGAGUGACCAUCAUCCUCUUAGCUGUGUAAAUAUAUAAACACUGGUUUUAUUUUCAUAGAAACCUACAGGCACCUCUAUUUGUGCAUUAGCUAAAUCUUUGUAUUACCUCUUUUGUUCAUAUUUAAUUAAAUGGUUUUCC